CAUAGCCAUGCCAGCCAUGCCUAUUGCUAUCGUGCUCAUACGAAAAUUUGAAUUCAACGGUUCAGUACUUCGACGAAUGUCCUGUGAGCCAGUGUAGAUUUGUGCCCGGUAUCCCGUGCUCGUGGUCAAGUUUUCGAUCCGUGUGCAGGUCUGUUCUUGCUCUUGCCAAGUCUCCCAGAGGAAUCCUGAACUGGUUAUAUAAACAUGGCAGACAAAGAGAACGUGCCAAGCUCCGCUAAUACGCCUACAAAUGAUGAUGAGCAAAGCUCUCAAGUGGUUCCGAAGCCCCCAAAGCGGAGGACAUGCUUGGAAUGGACACUGAAAGAUUUUGACAUUGGCAGGCCACUUGGAAAGGGAAAGUUUGGCAACGUGUAUCUUGCUCGAGAGAAGCAGAGCAAGUUCAUCAUUGCACUGAAGGUAAUGUUCAAGUCUCAGUUGCAAAAGUAUGGUGUUGAACAUCAGCUUAGGCGGGAGAUUGAAAUCCAGUCACAUCUCAGGCAUCCUCACAUCUUGCGGCUGUAUGGCUACUUUCACGAUGAAACCAGAGUAUACCUGAUCCUUGAAUAUGCUCCGAAGGGGGAGCUCUACAAAGAGCUCAGGAGGUGCAAGGUGUUUGAUGAAAAGAGAACAGCCACGUACAUCUAUCAGAUGUGCAACGCACUUAAAUACUGCCACAGCAGGAAGGUUAUCCACAGGGACAUCAAGCCAGAAAAUCUCUUGCUGGGCUAUCACGGGGAGUUGAAAAUAGCAGAUUUUGGCUGGUCCGUUCAUGCACCAUCCUCCAGGAGGAACACCAUGUGUGGCACCAUGGACUACAUUCCCCCAGAAAUGCUAGAUGGAAGGGUGUACGACGAGCAUGUUGACCUGUGGUCUAUGGGGGUUCUCACUUACGAGUUCCUAGUGGGAAGACCUCCCUUCGAGUCCAGCACCUCGGAUGAGACUUACAGACGCAUUCGCCACAUUGAGAUGCACUACCCUCGUCAUUUAUCUCCUGAAGCCAUAGACUUCAUUGGAAGGUUUCUCAAGCUUGUUCCUCAAGAGAGGAUGUCCCUUGAUCAAGCCUUAAAGCACCCGUGGGUGGAGAAAAAUGCAGAUACCACCUUUGUUGCAAAGACCCUUUGAAGCCGCUAUACCGUGUAGACGUACACUUGACUGCCUUGUAUUAUACAUUGAAAUACACUUUUACCAUGCUUUUUUUC